AUGUCACGCCCGUUCCUGCGUUCGCGUCACCUACUGCCGUCGCUGGCGGCUCCAACAGCUCUUUUUGCUUUGUCAUCCGCUCAUCUAGAAGCGGCAGAACCUGAAGCCAAAUCAUCUCCCGCUGUAGACUUUGUGGGUGUAUUUGUAGAGAAAGAGUCGGCCGCGCGUCUGCGCCAACAGUUCCCAAGCAAGUUUAAGGGCGAUGGUAACGAGCCACUGGUGGUGGUGCUGCGGUUCCAACCUACGUAUGAGGAACAGGAGGCGUUUGCACCUCUUUUUGGACGUGCGGCCAACCUGCGCGUUCAUGGAGUGGCCGAGGAUGCCCAUGCUCAGACGGUAUUGGUUGCUGUCACAACUGAGACGGGAGAGUCGCUUGAGUAUGAAGAUGCCGCGGAGCCCGCGCACCUGACGCUAUCGACGUCAGCCGAAGGACUUAGUGCCGGAUAUUCUAGCGUGCUGCUGGAGCGUCUGCGCGCCAGUGACAAGCUUCGAUAUCUACUGGAUGAAGAGAAGACGACAACGUAUUGGACAGGUGAGCUGCCGGCUUUUGACUCGAAGCAUUUACCGCUGUUUAGCCCCUUCCCAGCCGUGGAGGCCACGGUUACGAAGUUAGAUGCGAAACAGAGCGAGGAGCUGGCACUGCAGGGAACUGUGUGUCUCUCUUCCCAAUUCGACGCAGUAACUUGGGAGUGCACAGCACCUAAGGCUGAGUGUGGAUUUUGCAAGUUUAUGAAAGCAGGUCCGUGCGGCAAGGAGUUUACGGCGUGGGAGGCUUGCCUAGAUCGCUGCAAGAAGAGUGGCGAAGACUUUAUUGAACAAUGCGGAGCUCAGACGUUGGGACUGCGGGACUGCGUGGACGCUAAUCCGGAGUACUACCAUGUGCUGAAUGAUAGCCCUGAAGAAGAGGAAAAUGAAGAGAACAUUGAGGAGACAAAGUAUGACACAGAAGAAAAGAAGUAA